GGGGAAGAGAAAGCAACUUUUCGUCGUCGGUGAAAAGAACCAGCACCGAGUUUGCAGGACGAGGUGACCCCGGUACUCGUGACCAUGGCUCCUUUCUUGAGGAUCGCCUUUAACUCGUACGACCUGGGCGUCCUGCCCCCGCUGGCUGAUCCGCCCUUCUGUGCAAUCAAAAUGAAGGAAGCUUUGACUACUGAACGAGGUAAGACCCUUGUUCAGCGGAAACCCACCAUGUAUCCAGCGUGGAAAGCCAGUUUUGAUGCACACAUCUACGAGGGCCGUGUGCUUGAGGUACUGCUGAUGAAGACAGCUGAGGAGCCGCUGGCUGAGGUCACUGUUGGUGUGUCCGUACUUGCUGAGCGCUGCAAGAAAGCCAACGGGCGCGCUGAAUUCUGGGUGGAUCUCCAUCCUUCUGGGAAAGUGAUGAUGGCAGUGCAGUACUUUCUGGAGGGAGUAGACACAGAGAGUAAGCAGGCUGCAAAGGAGGAAGAGGCUCCGACCCUGAACCGUAGACGAGGGGCCAUCAAGCAGGCAAAGAUCCACUUCAUAAAGAACCACGAGUUCAUCGCCACGUUCUUCAGACAGCCCACUUUCUGCUCUGUGUGCAGAGAGUUUGUCUGGGGGCUCAACAAGCAAGGCUAUAAAUGCAGACAGUGUAAUGCGGCCAUCCACAAGAAAUGCAUAGACAAAAUCAUCGGCAGAUGUACUGGUACUGCUGCCAACAGUCGUGAUACUGUGUUCCAAAAGGAACGCUUUAAGAUUGAUAUGCCACAUCGUUUCAAGACCAACAACUACAUGAGUCCCACCUUCUGUGACCACUGUGGAAGUCUGCUGUGGGGUCUGGUUAAACAAGGCCUCAAGUGUGAAGAUUGUGCCAUGAAUGUCCAUCACAAAUGUCAGGAUAAAGUGGCCAACCUUUGUGGUAUCAACCAGAAAUUACUAGCUGAAGCACUCACACAAGUCAGCCAGAAAUCUUCCACUCGCCGUUCAGAUCCAAACCUGCCUAAUCUACCUGAUAUUGGAAUCUAUGAUGAGGUCAAUAAGCUUGCUGGACUGGAAAUCAAUGAUGGAUCUCCCUAUGGCAAGCUGUGGGAUGGAUCUAGCCCACGGCCUCAGUCUCGUAUUACACAUCUGACCCGCGUCAAUGUGGACAACUUCAUCUUUCACAAGGUCUUGGGAAAAGGCAGCUUUGGCAAGGUUCUCCUGGCAGAGUUGAAAGGUCGUGGAGAGUACUUUGCGGUGAAGGCUCUGAAGAAAGAUGUAGUGCUGAUGGAUGACGAUGUGGAGUGCACCAUGGUAGAGAAGAGAGUCUUGGCUUUAGCCUGGGAUAACCCCUUCCUCACACACCUUUACUCCACCUUCCAGACCAAGGAGCAUCUGUUCUUUGUGAUGGAGUAUCUCAAUGGUGGAGACCUGAUGUUUCAUAUUCAAGAGAAAGGGCGCUUUGAACUCUACAGAGCCACAUUCUACUCAGCUGAGAUCAUCUGUGGUCUUAAGUUCUUACAUUCCAAAGGGAUCAUCUACAGAGAUCUAAAGUUAGACAAUGUGAUGUUGGAUCACGAUGGACACAUAAAGAUCGCCGACUUUGGCAUGUGCAAGGAGAAUGUGUUUGGAGAGAACCGCGCCACGACUUUCUGCGGUACUCCUGACUAUAUCGCUCCAGAGAUCCUGCUGGGACAGAAAUACUCCUUCUCAGUUGACUGGUGGUCAUUUGGGGUGCUGCUGUAUGAAAUGCUGGUUGGACAAUCACCUUUCCACGGAGACGAUGAAGAUGAGUUGUUUGAGUCUAUCCGCAUGGAUACUCCCCACUAUCCUCGCUGGAUCAACAAGGAGGCCAAAGACUUGCUUGAGCGGCUGUUUGAGAGAGACCCCACGCGCAGGCUAGGAAUUGUGGGUAAUAUCUGUGCACAGCCCUUCUUCAAGUCCAUUAACUGGCAGGCCUUGGAGAAGAGAGAAGUUGAACCGCCCUUCAAACCCAAAGUGAAAGCACCAAACGAUUGCAGCAACUUUGACCGGGAGUUCCUCAGUGAGAAGCCCCGUCUUUCCCACAGCGAUAAGAACUUCAUAGACUCCAUGGACCAGUCAGCGUUUGCUGGCUUUUCAUUCAUCAACCCCGAGAUGGAGCACCUUCUGGAAAAGUAACUGUUUUAUGGACAGUCAAAUACCUACUGUUGAUGGGAGUCACACGGUUAAACUUGUACAUGAGUGUGCUGCUCCACAAGCAGUAUUAUGUGUGACCCUAUUUUAAGCACAAACUAUUCUCCUUGGGUACGUAUAGAAAUUAGAAGAGAAAAAAAAUGCCCUUGUACUGUAUAUAUUUGUUGUAAUUGUGUUUGUGUGCAUGCCUCUAGAUUAUGAAGGCCUGUAUGAGUAAUAAUAUUAGGAUGGGAGAUUGAAUACAUUCCACUUGACAUCACUGCUACCAUCUGCAGCCAUCCUGUGUCCCUUUUGUUAAUAACCAAUUCAACUCAACUGAAAAUUUAAGGAAAAAGAAACCAGUAGGAAAAUUGUACUGUAUACUUCAAAUGUAGAUUGUGUGAAUAAGUUGACUGCAUGUAUAUAUAACUCAGACCAACAGAAACCUAUUCAUCUUUAAAUAUAGCUCAUUCAUGAACGUUAUCUGUUUUUGAAACAUGGAUAAAUCAUGCCUUGCUGACAAAGAAGAACUUGUGGUUGUGUGGUUGACUGAACUGUGCCAUGUAAAGAUCACAUUAAAA